ACGGAAGCUGACCAAGGCAGGGAGGGAGGGCGACAGGCAUGGCCCGGGCACGGCAUUGGCUGGACCAAUACAGAAUCCCCUGUCGACCAAGUAGUCCUCCGCUGGAGGAGAAGUUGCUGGCAGAGCUGGUGGUCGAGACAGAGGUCGAGACAGAGGUCGAGAUAGAGGCUGCUGGCGAUGUCGGCGGGAGGCUGCCGCUGUCAAGCGAAAAGACGGUGGCGGCUGUGUUCCAUCUGGUUGAAGCACAUGGACGGACGCCGCCGUCAGGAAUGCGGCGGCAGCUUGGGGAUAGUGUCCCGCCUCGAUCGCCUGGAUCGCCGUCGCGAAGAAGGCUUGGCCCUCUACCGGAUCUGCCAGAUCUGAUGGAUGUACCGGCCGCCAGCAGUGCGAGAACGGUGGCUGACCUAUCGACCGGGGUCCGAGCUGCGCUGAUGAAGCAGUUUACCGUGCUAGCACCCAUCCGCUCGGCCGAGGACAGCGGCGAUGGGCGCAGCGGGGCCGCCGAGGUGCUCGACACCGAGGGGGCGGCGCAGCUGCUGCGCCGGGCCAAGCUCGCUGCUCCUGUCCGGUCGACGUCGCGGAGCCAUCUGUACGAGAUGGAGGUGCCGGAAGAAAUCCGUGUGGCGCUGGAAGACGCCGAGCUGGGCGAGAUCUACAUGAGCAGCGACAGCGACGACGACAACGGUGAGAUGAGCAGGUUGAUGCGGAGCGUGAGCGGACUGCUCCUCUCGCGGUCGCGGUCGCGGUCACUACGAUCGUUGCUGAUAUAUGACGCCAAGCCAGUGAUGGUCAGUACUCCCGAGCCCGUAGCUGAGGCCGGUAUGGUGGCGGUGUGUGCCAAGAGCGUGUCGGUGGACGUGGCGGGCCGAGUUGCCGAGGAGACGACGCUGGUCGAGGAUGCGUACGAGCGGCACGCGCGGACGUUUGCGCUGUGGCGAGCGUCGGUCUACUGGUUCCGCUGGGUGAUGGCGGAGCGCGAGGCGCGGGUCCGGCGCAACAAGGCAGAUCUGCUAGCAGGUGUGCUGCAGGUCAUUGUGGCGCGCCGGGCGCUGCGAGCCUGGCGCGCGGUUGUCGAGCACCGGGCACAGAUUGCGGAGGCGGCCGACGCCUUUGCCGCGCCACAGGAGCAGGCGCUUGUUGUACGGGCGUGGCGGAUGUGGGAGCGGGAAGCGCGGGCACGGGCCGGUGCGCGCAAGCUGAACACGGCCUUGCUACGGACAAAGCUGAGCCUUGGCUUUGCAGUCUGGCACUGGUACACCAAGGCGACGCGGGCAUGGCGACGGCGUGACGGGCAGGUGCCGGAGCCUGCGACGGAAAUUGCACCGCAUGUGCGCGAGCUCAAAGUUGAGCUGGAGCAUGAGCUGAUGAGGCACAAGGUGGUGGUGGAGAUCUCGCUCCAUGCCCGCAUGCCCAGCCUGCUUCGAGCGUGGCGCGAGGCGAUCACCAACAUGCGCUUGGAACGCGUGGCGGUCCUCACCUACUUUGGCAACCUGCGAGGAUGGACAUUCAAGGUAUGGCGCAACCGCGCGACCCGAGCGCGGCUGGUCCGGGCCGACCGGGCCUGGCGCCGCAAGUGGGAGCGCAAGAAGCUGGUCUCAAAGCGACUGACAGACGCCGCUAUCGCGCAGCGAGGCGAGGCCAUCAUGCAGAAGCGUCGCCGCGAACACGAUGUGGCCAUGGACGAGCUACAGGACCAACUGGAGGCAAGUAUGGACCAGCUGCAGGAUGUCCGUCGGCGGGCUGCGCAGCUCUCGGUUGCGCUUCGCGAUCGAGCUCGGCUCCGGGCCGCACGCGGACGCGAGCUCGACGGCUGGAUCACUGAGCAAGCCGGCAUGAUAGAGGUUCCGCCGUCAUAG